GUCUUUCCGCAUCUGUUCAAUACACCUGAGAAUCAGCAUUAUAUCGGCCCGUUGCCAGCGCUCGAGUUUUAUUCGCCCGAUACGAUGUCGACGGCUCAGCGUAAUCAGUUUUUGGCAUGGUAUAACGAGCAGCGUUCUACCGGAUACGUAUUUAACUUUCGAACCGCGUUUAUAGAUUACUGUAGAUCGGACGUUACCAUUCUCAGGCAGGCGUGCGUUUCUUUCCGCGAAAUGUUUCUUCAGCAUGGCAGCGUUUGCCCUUUCUCGGAGAGUACCACUAUAGCCUCGGCGUGUUCGAAAGUUUUUCGGAAAAACUUUUUGCGGGACGAACAGAUAGCUAUUUUACCGCCUGGUGGGUAUCGAUACGGUGACAAGCAAUCGCGUAAGGCCAUCUUAUGGCUUCUCUCGCUAGAGCAUCGUUUGGGUUGCGCCAUAGUUCACGCGGGGCGCACUCGGGAGUAUCGUCUGCCGGAGGGUACACCCGUCGAUGGUUACUACCUGGACACCGACUCCGGUUUGCGACACGUAUUCCAGUUUCAGGGUUGUUUCUGGCACGGGUGCCCGAAAUGCUAUCGUAUAAACAGAGAUAGUCGUCUACAAACGGGUGGAUCCAUGGACGCGCGCUACGAGAGAACGCAGGCUACGAACGAUAAGAUUCGGUAUUUAGGUUACGAGCUGACGGAAAUCUGGGAGUGUGAAUUCGACCGCUGGAUAAGCGAUCCUGAACAGACAGCUUUAUACAGAUCGCUGAAUGAGAACCCGCUGGUAUCGCAGGCACCGCUCGAACCCCGCGAUGCUUUCUUCGGUGGCCGUACAGGUAAUACUGUCAGUUUUUAUGAAGUCGAGGGGUCUGAGAGGAUACACUACGUAGAUGUGUGUUCGCUGUACCCCUUCAUUUCGAAAACGGGGAAAUUCCCUGUAGGGCACCCUACGGUGUACGUGGGCGAUGACUGUCGCGAAUUAACGGGUGAUCGCCACAACAUCGAUAACGUGGAGGGCUUGAUUAAGUGUGUGGUGUUACCACCGCGAGAUCUGUAUCAUCCCGUGUUACCGGUGCGUAUGCACGGUAAACUGCUCUUUGCAUUGUGUCGUUCCUGUGCAGAGGCCACGCUACAGGGGUCGUGUCCUCACGAGAAUCCCGCGGACAGGGUAUUCGAAGGGACGUGGAUCGUGGACGAGGUCAAGCGCGCCGUACGUAAGGGGUAUGAAAUAACGUUGAUACACGAAAUAAGGCAGUAUGAGAUUACCCAGUACGAUCCGGCGACACGGACGGGCGGUCACUUUGCCGAUUACAUAAACACGUUCCUAAAGAUUAAGCAGGAAGCUAGCGGCUGGCCGCGCGAGUGUGGCGACGACGACGAGGCCAAGAAGUUAUAUAUAGAGGAGUACGAUCGGGUCGAGGGUAUUCGUCUGGACCCUG